AUGCCGCUCUCUGCACAAACAAACUUGUCAAUUCAAUUCAAUUCUCCAUCAAUCAUGGAUGCCAGGGCCACCACCACCACCACCACUACCGCAGAGCCACAACCGUCCAAAUCAGACCUCAUCCUCCACAGCGCCGAGGUGCUCGCAGACGCCGCCCAAUGUCAGCUCCGCCGCGAACCUGACAAAUACGACAAAGACGAGGUAGCCAGAGCCACCGACGAUCUCCUCAAGGCAGCCGCCGAGUACGGAAAGCUCGACGGCAACAAAGGAAUGGCCAAAUACGUCGACAAAGCCGAGGACUAUCUCCGCCGCUGCAAAACUCCACACUCUGCCUAACCUAACAGAGAACAACACAGAGAAAAGUGGUACAGAUUUAUAUUAUUCGCAAUAAAGAAAAAACACAGGCUGCGAAUUUCUUAUUUCUUAUUUUAAUUAGAGCUUGAGGAGACUGAAGAAUUUCUCUGAAUAAAUACAUAUAUUUUGUGCAAAUGUGAAUGUGUUCUACAUAAAUAUAAUGUUGGCAUUGAUUAUUA